AUGGCCAAGUCCAAGACAAAGGAGAGCAAGAAGGCUAAGGCCGCCGAGCCCCUCGCCGCCGUCAAGGCCGGAGGCAUCACCAAGCCCUCCAAGACCUCCAAGGCCAAGUCCAAGGAGCUGGCCAAGUCCGCCGCUAAGAAGCUUGUCAAGGAGAAGGACUCCAAGAAGAAGAAGAAGGCCCCCGAGCCCGAGUCUGAGUCCUCCGAGUCCGAGUCCGAGUCUGAGAGCGAGGCCGAGUCCUCUUCCGACUCCGACUCUUCCUCUGAGGAGGAGAAGAAGGUCACCAAGAAGCCCACCACCAACGGCAAGGCCAAGGCCAAGGCCCCUACCCCUUCCUCCGACUCUGAGUCCGACUCCGAGUCUGGCUCUGGCUCUGGCUCCGACGACUCUGACGACUCCGACAGUGAGUCUGAGGAGGAGGAGAAGCCCAAGGCCAAGGCUGCCAAGGUCAACGGUACCGCCAAGGCUCCUGCUAAGAAGGCUGAGUCCUCUGACUCUUCCGACUCUGAGUCUGGCUCUGACUCCGACUCCGACUCUGACGACGAGUCUGAGGAGAAGGAGGAGGAGAAGCCCGCCGCCAAGGUUGCCGAGAAGAAGGCCGCUUCCUCUGACGAUUCGGACGACUCUGAUGAUUCCGAGGAGGAUUCUGAUGACAGCGAUGACAGCUCUGAGGAGUCCGAUGCCAAGGCUGAGAAGACUGAGGAGGCUCCCUCCAAGAAGCGCAAGGCUGAGGACGACAUCGACUCUGACGAGGCUAAGAAGACCAAGACUGAUGCUCCCACUACCCUCUUUGCUGGUAGCCUGAGCUGGAACAUCGAUGACGAUGCUCUCUACGAGGCCUUCAAGGAGUUCGACGGUCUCGUCGGCGCUCGUGUUGUCACUGAGAAGGGAACUGGCCGCAGCCGUGGCUUCGGUUAUGUCGACUUCAACAACCCUGAGGGUUGCACCAAGGCCUACGAGGCCAUGCAGGGUUUCGAGCUCGACGGCCGUGCCCUCAACCUCGACUACGCCAACGCUCGCCCUGCCGAUGCCAACCCCCAGGGCCGUGCUGCCGACCGCGCCAAGCGACACGGCGACACCCUCAGCCCCGAGAGCGACACUCUCUUCGUCGGCAACCUGCCUUUCGACGUUGAUCAGGAUGCCGUCCGUGAGUUCUUUGGCGAGAUCGCUGCCGUUGCCAGCGUCCGACUUCCCACCGACCCUGACUCUGGUAACCUGAAGGGUUUCGGUUAUGUCAGCUUCAACUCUGUUGAGGAUGCCAAGGCUGUCAUUGACGCCAAGAACGGUGCCCCUAUCGGCAACGGACGUAUGUCUCGCAGCGUCCGCUUGGACUUUGCCAGCAGCCGACCCCAGCAGGGUGGUGGUGGCGGCUUCGGAGGUGGUCGUGGAGGCGGUCGCGGUGGCGGCCGUGGUGGUUUCGGUGGCCGUGGUGGUGGUGGUCGCGGUGGUGGUCGUGGACGUGGCGGUCGUGGCGGUGGUCGUGGUGGCUUCGGCACCGGUGCUAACAGCACUCCUGCCAGCUACUCCGGCACCAAGAUCUCGUUCGACUAA